UCACAAUGAAUCUCUAUUAUGGUCUGAAGCUGUAAGAUUUUGAAUGGUUGCCGUCCAGCUACUGUUCGGGUAGGAGAGGUUAAGAUAUUUAUUGUGUUAAUUUUGUGUGUUAAAACGACACGUUAAAAUGGUUACAGAUACAGAAAAUAUUAGAAAACUCGCGGAAGAUUUAGAAAAACAAGAAUUAGAUGCUCCUGGUGGCAUUCCAACAUCGCAAGUGUAUGCUCAGCUUCUUGCCAUAUAUUUAUACCAAAACGACCUGUGCAAUGCUAAGUACCUGUGGAAGCGAAUUCCACAAAAUGUGAAGAAUUCACAUGCUGAACUGGCUCUCAUAUGGAAGGUAGGACAGAAAAUGUGGCAGCGGGACUUUAUGGGAGUAUAUUCAGCCCUUACUGUUGAUUGGUCAGAGAAUGUAGGACACAUCAUGCAAGCUCUUUUGGAAAAUGUCCGCAAGCGAGCAGUGUAUCUAGUCUCCCAUGCAUACUCAUCCAUCAGCAUAGAUGACCUUGCAGCAUUUGUGGGGAUGCCAGUUGAGCAAGCUGUUUUAGCAGCAACAGAUCAAGGCUGGAAGGUUGAUACAGGCUCUCAUAUGGUGAAACCUUGUCGACCCAGUGACAGUCCAAAUCAAGGGGCCUCCAGUGAGGACCAGCUCUACAAGCUCACUGAGUUUGUGUCUUUCCUUGAGAACUAAAAUGUUGCUAGUUGUAGGUAAUUAUGUGUGUGCAGCAGUUAUUUGACAAUUGAAUGAAUGUGAAGAUAUUUAAUAUUUUAUUUUAAAAUGUGAGCUUCAUGUUAUCAGAAUCACAUCUUUGAUUAGAGCUGUAAACAGAAACAUUGUAAUAAACGAUUCUGUAGCGUGCUAAUAAUGUGCUAGUAUAAAUUAGUCCUUGUUGUUUAA